AACACUACUGUAGACCAGACCACAGACAACAACACCAACGCGACCUCGAUCACGUCUAUCCGAAAAUCCAAAUUAUUGUACUAUAAAUUAUUAUUGUAAUAUUGUCGAGUUGUUUGUUGUUAUUAUUGCGCCGCUGUUGGCUGCCGCCGUCGACAUUCACCAACUCACAAACUGAGUACACUGUUGUGGCAUUCGUCAACCGUCUACAGUCGACACUCAACGGGCAUUUGCGUUCUAUUUUCUACUCUCUACGGUCGUCAACAACACCACUUUCAACACAAUCCACGUUUAACAGUCACUCACAACAAUUACCCGUAAUUGCUGAAUUUAUCUUUUCGUCUUGUUCKCCGUUGCCAUGGGAGACGAAUCCAAACUCAAAGGUGGUCAUGCUCAAGCAGUCAAAGCCGGCGGCAUGCGCAUCGUGCAGCACAAGAACCCGGUCGCCGACAAGAUAUCUGCCGCAGCUUCAGACGAGGCGAAUUCGGUUUUGAAAGUUUCCACUAGUCCGCCCAAGCAGACCGUGGUGCCGGUGCACGCUCACAACGACUAUCCGACUCAGGCCGUCCAGAAGACUCACGACAAGCCGACGCCCAGUCAUGAGAUGAGACAGCACACGUGCACGAAACCGACCAUCCAUCAGCCACGCAAAUGAACGCGACAGCGUCUACGCGCACACAAGAGACUGCAGAGCUCGGGACGUACGUCGAUCGGCACGUUCCCGAUUUAUUCUUAUUCUCCCUAAAAUUAACUAUUAAUUAUUACCUCUCAAUACACAUUCUAAACCAAAACGAUUUUUAGUCUUAAGGUUUAAACUAAAUUUAUUUUUGCAUUUACAUAUAUUAAUAUGGUAAAAUAAUAAUAUUAUUUACCGUUCGUCUUCUCCUGCUGUCUAUGAUAUUCCUCGUAUUGUUCAUUCCGUCACUAUAUAAUAUUGUUUUAUAUAAAUAUGUAUUAUGUAACAUUAAUUGUAUUUUGGGAUGUUUAUUUGGCGUUGGAUUCGGGAAUUAAUUAGGCUACAGGUUGUAAUUACUUUUCAAAGAAUCAAUACAAGUUUAAUAAUCGAUCGAUUUUAUUUUUAUUAUGAAUAAAGUAUAUAUAUAUAUUUUUUUUGGUA